AACGAUUCUGAUUGAAAAACGUAUUUGAACAACCCGACACAAUACGAAACCACUAAUUGAAAAUAUGAAUAAAACUCUUGAUAUAACACUGGAAAUGCAAAUUUGCUGGCUAAAAGGAUGGAUUAUUCUCCCGGAAGAAAAGCGAGUGAAGUAAUUACGUGGGCCACAAAUUUGAAACAUAAUUUCGGAGAAGGUGACGCGAGAAAGAUGUCUUCCGCGCGCGUUGUUUUAAUUUUGUUAUGAUUUCUAAAUGCCUCGGGAACAAGAUUCUUAGAGCCGAGGUUAAUAUUAUGCAUUUGGAGAUUUUGACAUUUAAUUUGCAUAAGGCUUGGUUCGAUUCACCUGUCGUCCUGUCGUUCAUCGAUUUGUCUAAAGAUCAAAGCGAAAUUUAAUCGCGCUCAGCUAAAUUCGACGCAUCAGCAACAUCGACGAGUUUUGGAGGCCAUAAAAGUGUCUAUUUCUAUUCAGAUCUUUCAGGUUUUACUGUAGCUGACAUCCGGAAAUGUAAAGCGGGGGACUGAAGAUCGGCUAAACCCACACCAAUUGUCUUUCAACGCGUAAGAAACGUAACGUCAUGAGGACAAAAUGCAGAAGACAGAUCUGGUUGCAUAAAAUCUACUAGCUGCCACAUCUCUGAUGAACGCUGCGACAGUUGCGGGAAGACGGGCAGACGACAAGGCCGAGGAGGCAGGCGUUUUGAUAGGCGAGGGUGACAAGUUGAUCAACGUGGUUUUGCUAAAUGGAGAGAGGCUUAAUGUCAGAGUUCAGGGUUCCGCCACUGGACAAGACUUGUACAGCAUCAUCACGGAUCAUCUUGGACUUACAGAAACUACUUUCUUUGGCCUUAUGAUCAUAAAAGAUGGUGAGCACGAGUUCUUGGACUUGAAUGAGAAACUUUCAAAACUGGCAAAGUUUGCGCCCCAUCUCUGGAAAGAUGACGUUUCCUGUAAUUCCUCUCUGGUUUUUACGAUCUUCUUCAGGGUCAAGUAUUAUGUGGAGAAUAUUUGCCUCUUACAACAACAGUCAACUCGGCACUUGUACUACCUGCAGUUGAGAAAAGAUGUAUUGGAAGGAGGGAUUUACGUUCACGAGGAGACCUCCAUGCUCCUAGCUUCCUACGCUUUGCAGGCUGAAGUAGGAGACUACAACCAGACUCUCCAUGGCUCGGACUACUUUGUUCCCGAGCACUAUCUUCCACAGAGAGCGAUCGCCAAACUCACUGCUUCUUACAUAAAGAAGCAUCUCCCAUCAAUGCACAAGACUCACACUGGUCUAAGUGAUGCUCAGGCGGAGAUCGAGUACUUAAAGGAGGCACAGAAACUACAGGAAUAUGGAAUUAUAUUUAACAAGGUUUCCAAGUAUAAAAAGGACAAGAGAGGCAGUUUCAGUUUAGGGAUCAGUGUGAGAGGACUCAUUGUUUAUGAGGAGAGAGGAAUCGUCAAAAGUCCAACGUUUCGUCAUCCUUGGCAAAACAUUAAAAGAAUGGCAUUUCAUCGGAGACGGUUUUUUAUCGAAGCACACGGUGACCCGGAGACAUCCAAGAUGGUGCUGUACACCUGCAGCUAUAAGAAGUCGAGGUAUCUACUGAAAAUGUGUACGUCGUUCUACAAGUUCCAAAUGAUGAUGGGAAUGAAAUUGUCCAGCCUCAAGGAAUAUCCAAAAGAUGGAGUGGUGAGGAUGAAUGGAGUGGUAAAAACAGACGAAUCUGAUUCCCUAGCCGGAGACAUACCAGAAUCGGCAGUGAGUAAGCCUGGGCAGGAGUCAGCGGUCAUACAGCCACCUGGAAUAGGUCCCGCGAUUCAUCUGAAUGGGUCAGCGUGCCCAGUACAAGAAGAUCAACCAGUACAGGUCAGCGUCCAUCCUGUCCAGCUGACGAAAGUCAAUGGAAGUCUUGGACUCAAUAUCAUUGGUGGCAUAGAGUUGGGUGGUAUUUACGUCAAGACAUUGGCUCCCGAAGGACCAGCAUCCCUCAGUGGCAAAAUCAACAUUGGUGACAGAAUCCUCGAAAUUAACGGUCACAGUCUCGAAGGUUUAUCAAGACAAGAGGCUGUUAAUAUUUUAAGGACAGCGCCUCAUGUUUGCACAAUGCUGAUCGAGAGCUGUGUGGCCGCUCCUGCAACUCCAAAUGGGAAGCCAGCAAUGCCUGGGACCGAGUCCGCAUCAGCCUUUUACCAUCCAAACAGACAGCAGCAGAUGCAGCCCAUGAUGCAACGCCAGGCGUCACUGGAAUCGCAGUACUCGUCAAUGCAGCAACAGUUUGUACCAAGCCAGAGUCACCAGAUUGAAGACAUAGUUGCAGAUUACAUUCCCAUUGAAAUUCCUAAACUUAAUGGAAGUUUCGGUCUAAAUGUGACGGGUGGACCAGAACUCGAUGGGAUUUACGUGAAGUCCUUACUACCCGGCGGAGCGGCAGAAGCAUCAGGAAAAAUACGAAACGGUGACAGAAUAGUGGAGAUAAAUGGAGUGGCAAUGGAAGGCCUUAAUCGCAAGCAGGCAGUGGAGUUGCUACGGCGCUCUGCAGCUACUGCAACACUUGUUAUAGAGCGCUACAGACAACCAGAGCCUGAAGGCCCCCAGCUGGAAGAUUUGGAGGACCUUCUUAGAACGUCGCCGAAUUGUAUCCUUGUGGAGUUACAGAAAAUGAACCAUUCGUUUGGAUUUAGUGUUGUGGGUGGGCCAGAUUUCGGUGGAAUUUUUGUUAAAACCAUUAAUCCAAAUGGAGCAGCGGCAAUGGAUGGCAGAAUAGGUAUAAACGACAGAAUAGUUGCUGUAAACUGUGUGAACUUAACAAGGGCCACAAGGCAAGAGGCGGUUGACGCCCUUCGGAACUCUCCAAUCAUCGCUCAGCUUGUUGUGGAAAAAGGCACAGCUGAAGAUCUCCUGACGAACAGCAGUGGACCUCCCACACCCCAGGAGUCAAGAUACGGAGCUGUACAGUACAGUCAUUACCAUGCCAGCUCGGACAGUUACAACGACUAUAACAUGGACGAUCUACCGUUUGAAGUUUACCUUACAAAAGGCCAAAGUGGACUGGGUAUGAGCCUUACAGGAGGGGACAAUGGAGCUCCAAUCUACAUUAAGAAGCUGGUUCCAGGAGGUUCAGCUCUCUUGUCAGGGCAGCUCCAAGUCAAUGACAUCAUUCUUCAAGUAAAUGACAAGAAUCUGGAUCGGAUGACCUACAGAGAAGCUCUUUCUAUUCUUCGAAACUGCCCUUCAGAAGUUCGAUUACUUGUACAAAGACCCCGGAUAUCCUCGCAUCCUCCUUACCCAGGAUACCGUGGGGGCAGCGACAGAGCCAGUGUCGAUAGUUACGGAAGUUAUAGCAGCAUGUCCAGUAUUUUUUAAACCAUGUAGACAAGCCUGUACGUAGAUUUGUUGGAAUGGUGUACUGCUACGGUUACAUCACAUAAGUUGUAGCUUGCUCUAGCUCGAUAAAACAGGAAUCUGGCUUUAAUUAUCCUUUAUAACGUUGGGUGAUCAAAACGGUCAUCAAAGAGAUGGCAACAGGAAGGCAGAGAAUAAGAACUUUGACAAGCUCGAGCUAAUCAUGUCAAAGGAUUGUCGCAUUAAGAUAUUCUUUGAGGGUAGAACAUAGCGACACUCGUCAGUUUUAAAGGCUGGACGUUUUCUAUAAUAACAUAAAUAAUUAAAUAUUAUCAAUACCGUGCAGCGCUUAGGUCCACAAACCCUGAGUGUCAGAGCAACUCCAGGCAGUGUCCAGGGAAAAGGUUCAGGUAGUGUACGUGAGCCUGGGCGUGUGUCGAAUAUGACAACUACAUGAAUCUACGGGCAUAUUCAGUCUAAGGUAAGGUAUUUUUGUUCGGAAGAAGCUGGUCUUUGAUUAGGAGAUUUUAUGCUCGGACAUGUACAAUUUUUGUUUUUGUUUUUGUUUUGUUUUGUUUUGUUUUUGUCAUGUUCAGUUGCCCGUUCCUCAUUGAUUUGAUCAUUUUGGUCGUUACGAGUUCAGCUGCAAGUGCUCAUCGAUGCUUUAAUCACUUUGGCUGUCCUGUUCAGUUAAAACCACCAAGCCUAAGGCAUGGUUAUAAAUUAAGAAUCACGUUUACUUAAAAGGUUUACUUUGAAGCAACAUCCGACCCAUUACAGGCCCCACGGGGUCAUGACAAAAGGUGAAGUGAAGAGAGUGUUAAUUUGAAAACAAUUGUUAUUAGGAAGCAGGUCGAUCGCGCAUUUGGAAGAUCUUUACAAAGUAAAGUAGAUCACUGAGGAAAUACAAAGAAGUUUCUAAUGUCAGAUCAUAGGCAACACUACGCGGUGACGUGGAGGCAUGAACGACCUUUUCUCUGAGAUUUCAUUAGGCCAAGAUUGGUGGUGCAGAAAUUUUCCACCUCAGUCAGGUACUAACCCAAUCAGGUUAAUUAGGAUUGGAAGUUAUUGCAACAAAAUGGCCUUCAAGUCUUUUGUCGUGACAAAAAGUAGAACACUCCGGGAUUUGCUUAAAUCCGGUACUAAUUUCCAAAAAAUGAAAGAUAAGCAACACAUGGAAUUAAGCCGAUAGGUAUGAUGUUUUUCCCCUCUAAAGGUUUUCGCCAAGUCUGGGGUAAUUAAGACCCUUCUUGAGUUCCAUUUGACUUUAUACAGCUUUAAAAAUCAGUCCUUAUUGCCGUGAACUGUCGGCAGAGUACGUGUAAAGAUAAUUUGAACAGGAUUUAUUUCACCAGCGUUUAACAUUCCAUGAGUCAUGAUUGCUAGUCGAUGCUGAAGACCAGUGAGUGUACAUUUGAAUUUUUUUCACUUACGGCACUUGAAUCUAAAGCCCUGUUCACUCUAAUGCGGUAGUAUGAAAACGCAUUCUUCCUGACGCGAUUUCGCCUACCGUCCACACUAAAACGACCGAAAACGCUGCAUCGUUUUCACCGAAAACGUAUACAUUUGAUGAAGCUGCCCAGUGUGGAAACAUUUUAUGUGUGGACAGCGAAAACGGAGUGAGUUCGAAAACGCUGACGUCUGUCAUAUCACGUGCGCAUGCCCAAAUGACAGUUGUGAUGUUUUCUUAUAGCAUAUCACUCAAGCGCUUCAUUGAGAUCGGGAAGAACGCUGCGAAAACGGUAGUUUGGACGGAAAGCGUUUUCGGCGAAAACGCAUCGUUUUAAAAACGUGUAAUCCGUUUAAAUCCUUACCUAUGCUCAACUGUUUCAUAAGUCCACCUAAGCACAUAUAUAUUGAGAUCGUCAGACAAUAUGAGGUAAGUGGUGCCCCGGUCUUCUGACUUGUUUUCACGAUUUCCAAUCAUUAAUAAACGUGUAGAAAAAUAAAGCAAACACAGAAUAACCUUUUUUUAAAUAUAAAUUUCGGUAUUAUGAAGAAACUCUUUAAAACAAAACUCAUUCCUUUUUUUUUUCCAAUUUUCUCUUGUCAUCUUAUUCCUUGUCAAACCCUCCAGAUUCUUUUAUUUUAUUUGAUUUCGUAAUUUAGUUUUAUGAAAGAUAAUAGACAUAAUUUAAGUUUUGGAAAUGUAGUAUACAAUUCGUUGUGAGUCAGAUUAACCCCUUCAGCCCCAAGCAAGCUCUCGCUGGUCACAAAAAAAGUUGUAAGUAUUCUCCCAAAUGAUAUGUGUAAGAAAUGCACUGAGACCACCGAAGGGAAUUUACACAUUGAUAUUGAGGCUAAAAGGGUUAAUGUCUUCACUUAAUGAGGAUACGAAGAGUGAAUAACCGAAUGCUGUCCGAUAUAGAGAACAUUUGAUAAGUCUUGUAACAUUAGAUGAUUUAUGUUAAGUUUUUUAAUUUUGUAUGCUAUUGCAUAAUAAGGCUUAAUAAAAUAUUUUGAAAUAAAUGA